AUGUCGAGCAACAACAUCACUCCUUCUCAAACACCUCGGGCCUCCAAACUCUCGGGGUCAACUUUCAGCUCGCCCGACUCAGUUGAAGGACUGAACGAAAACUACAGCACUCAAGUGGGACGCCAAAGCCCAACCAAAGAAGUGUGUUCGCCUUGUUCUAGUCGUUCGGGUCCCCUUACCCCUCAACAGCGCAGACAUGGAGCAUCGUUCUCCAAGAUCACAUUCAGCACGGCUGAGUUUAGCGAGGAGCGCUACAUCUACUCCCCCGUAGGCCAAUAUCCGGAUCUGACGGCUGACGAGUCACCAAAGGACGCAGGCUUCGUGCCAUUCUUCGCCAUUCCUGCCACCAGGCACUCGGCGUGCACGCAAACGGAGACGGAGACUCGUCCCAGUGCCAGCAAUGUCCAAUCGGCGGAAUCGUUGCGUCCGGCGUUUUCCUCAGACAAGAGGGAUUCGCACUGCAGUUUUCUAGACUCGUUACUCGUAUCUCUAUACGAUAGUACCAAGCCUAUGCCGACCCUACCAGGCUGGGAGGAAGAUCUGGCCGAUCUUUUGGCCCAGGAAGACGACCCAUUCUGGACUGAAGACUGCACGACGGAGCCCGAGAACCUGGAGGAUUCGGUCCCACUAGGACAUCACUCGGGAGUCCUUCCGAGUACCCUCAAACGUUCUCCCGCACGCGCAAAGGGAUUAAUACGACGAAAAAGGCUUCCCGUUCCGACAGUCAUCCCAGCGAGUGGCUCAUCUGGAGGUUGUCCCUGCGGAAAGCGAUCCGCGCCUAAACGCCACCUGAUCGACCCGGCGAUCAUAGCCGCCCGGGCAGACUUUCAGUAUUGGAACGCCAUCCUCGAUGGACGUCAACUUCCUUGA